GCUGCCCGCCGCCGGCGGCCCUUCCGCCUCACUCAGCCGCGCUGCGGAGCGGACGGGCGCGGGCCAUGCUGCGGACGGCAGGGAAGGAGCUCGCCCUGGCGCCGCUGCAGGACUGGGGCGAGGAGACCGAGGACGGAGCGGUGUACAGCGUCUCCCUACGGCGGCAGCGCAGUCAGCGCCUGAGCCCGAGGGAAGGGCCCGGCGACGGCCAGACCCCCGGCCCCCAUGCCAGCACCUUCCUCCAUUACCGCACCAGCAAGGUGCGGAUGUUAAGGGCGGCGCACCUGGAGCGGCUGGUGCGGGAGCUGGUGUCUGUGGACCGUGAGCAGGACCCGGGCUUCGUCCCUGCCUUCCUGGCCACCCACCAGGCCUUUGUGCCCACCGCUCGGGUUUUGGGCCUUCUCCUGCCACCACCUCCGCCGCCCCUGCCCCCCUGGGUAGAGAUCAAGAAGACAGAGGGACAAGAUCUGAGCUUCAACAAGAACCUGAGGGCUGUGGUGUCUGUGCUGGGCUCCUGGCUGCGGGACCACCCUCAGGACUUCUGGGACCCCCCUGCCCACUCGGACCUGGGCAGAGUCCGAACCUUUCUGGGCUGGGCUGCCCCACUGGGGGCUGAGGCCCUGGAAGCAGAGAAGCUGCUGAGAGACUUCCUGGAGGAGGCUGAGCAAGAGCAGGACGAGGAGGAGCAGCCCCAGGCUUCCGCAGGGCCUCCUGGGACUGCCCGGACCCCCAGCCCAGACUCCCCCGAAGGCUACUUGGAAGAGGAGGAAGGGCUGGUGCAAGAAGGCCCUGAGCUGCUGGACUUCAGUGUAGACCAAGUGGCUGAGCAGCUGACUCUGAUGGACGUGGAACUCUUCUCCCGCGUGCGGCCCUGCGAGUGCCUGGGCUCCGUGUGGUCCCAACGGGACCGGCCAGGGGCCGCCGGCAUCGCCCCAACUGUGCGCGCCACUGUGACUCAGUUCAACCUGGUGACCGGCUGCGUGCUGGGCUCUGUGCUCGGGGCGCCAGGCCUGGCUGCCCCGCAGAGGGCGCAGCGGCUGGAAAAGUGGAUCCGCAUUGCCCAGCGCUGCAGGGAACUGCGGAACUUCUCCUCCCUGCGCGCCAUCCUGUCCGCCCUGCAGUCUAACCCCAUAUAUCGGCUCAAGAGCAGCUGGGGCGCUGUGAGCAGGGAACCGUUAUCCACGUUCAGGAAACUUUCGCAGAUUUUCUCAGAUGAGAACAACCAUCUCAGCAGCAGAGAGAUUCUUUCCCAGGAGGAGGCCACUGAGGGACCCCAAGAGGAGAAUACGCCCCCAGGGAGCCUGCCUUCAAAACUGCCCCCAGGCCCGGUUCCCUACCUUGGCACCUUUCUCACGGACCUGGUUAUGCUGGACACAGCCCUGCCGGACAUGCUAGAGGGGGAUCUCAUCAACUUUGAGAAGAGGAGGAAGGUGAGUGGGCGCUGGGGCGGGUGUGGGAGGGGCCAGGGUGGGGUCAGGGCAGGGAUGAGGUCUCAGAAACCAUACCCUCAGGAGUGGGAGAUCCUGGCCCGAAUCCAGCAGAUGCAGAAGCGCUGUCGGAGCUACUGCCUGAGCCCCUGCCGGCCCAUCCUGGCUGCCUUGCGAGCCCAGCGCCAGCUCAGUGAGGAGCAGAGCUACCGUGUCUCCCGUGUCAUUGAACCACCAGCCGCCUCCUGUCCCAGCUCCCCACGUGUGCGGCGACGAAUCAGCCUCACCAAGCGUCUCAGUGCGAAGCUGUCCAGAGAGAGAGGCUCCUCUCCUGGUGGGAGUCCUGGGGACCCCUCAUCCCCCACCUCCAGUCUGUCCCCAGGGUCUCCCCCAUCCAGUCCUAGAAUGAGGGACCCCCCUCCUGGAAGUCCCCCAGCCUCUCCAGGGCCCCAAGGCUCCAGCACCAAGCUGCCCCUGGCUUUGACCCUGAGCUGUCCUGGAAUCCCCCACGUGGGGCAGCAGGGCUCAGAGGCCCGGGUCAUCCGAGUCAGCAUCGACAAUGACCAUGGGAACCUGUAUCGGAGCAUUCUGCUCACGAGUCAGGACAAGGUCCCCAGUGUGGUGCAGAGAGCCUUGCAGAAGCACAAUGUGGCCCAGUUCUGGGCCCGUGACUACCAGCUCUUCCAAGUCCUUCCGGGGGAAAAGGAGCUCCUGAUUCCCGACAACGCCAAUGUCUUCUACGCCAUGAGUCCAGCCGCCCCUGGAGACUUCAUGCUGCGGCGGCGGAAGAAGGAGGAGGCCCAGCACACAACCUCAGUCUCCCCAACCUGAGCUGGCUCUCUCCUGCCUCCAGGACACAGGUCCCAUGGGCAGCUUCUAUCACCAUGGGGGCAGGAAGGGCACUCCUCUCCCAGAAAGCUCCCAUUCCCCAGUAGAGUCCAUUGUGCCCCAUACCCUGUGGCCCCCUCCCCCAA